GUAGUCUCUGAAUUUAAAGUUCUAGAAACACUUUUAGAAAUAAUAGAAUAAUAGAAAAGGGGUGUAAUUAUUUCAAAACUUAAAACCAUGUCUGGCGGAAUGGGUGGCUUUCGUAAGCUGGCCAAUAAGCUCUUUACUCCCAACGAAAUUAGCCGCUUUCAGGCCUACAAGAGUCGCUUCAGUCAAAAGUAUUUAAGUAUGGAGGGUUUGAAGUCGAACUUCAAGAAACCGGAUUUAGGAAAGCUAUUGAAUUAUCGUGUGUUUUCGACCAAAAAACAAGAGUGUGACAAGGAGUCUAAAGCCGAGCCCGAGUGCGAUCCCAGUUGGGAUGAACUCUUUCCCAGGGGACCGCCCUAUGAGCCCCGGAAUACCCAUUAUUGGUAUCCAGAUCCCGAGUAUCUAAAUGACUACGAACACGUUGUGAUGUAUCCCACCGGCGACCAGUGGAAGCAAAGACCCAAGAUGACGGGAAAACAGAUCCCGCCGGUGGAUCGUACCUUUCGCACCAAGUUCAUUAACUUUGGACCCGCCCAUCCGGCGGCCCAUGGUGUACUCCGCAUGAUCCUGGAGUUGGACAAUGAGACGGUGCUUAACGCCGAUCCUCACAUCGGUCUGCUGCAUCGUGGCACCGAGAAGCUAAUUGAGUACAAGACCUAUGUCCAGGCUCUGCCCUAUUUCGAUCGCUUGGACUAUGUCUCGUGCAUGGCCAAUGAGUUGGCCUAUGCUCUGGCCGUGGAGAAGCUCCUGAAUGUGGAAGUUCCUCGGCGGGCCAAGUACAUACGCACCAUGUUCUCGGAGAUAAUGCGACUGACCAAUCACACCAUGGCCAUAGCUUCCUCCGUUUUGGAUUGCGGAGCCAUCACGCCGCUCUUCUGGCUCUUCGAGGAGCGUGAAAAACUAUACGAGUUCUCGGAGAGAGCCUCGGGGGCACGGCUACAUGCCGCCUAUAUACGCCCAGGAGGCGUGGCCUCGGAUAUUCCACUGGGGUUCUGCGAUGAUCUGUACCAGUUUUGUCAGCAAUUUGGCGAUCGCCUGGAUGAGGUUGAGGACGUGGUGACCGAUAAUCGAAUCUGGCGGAUGCGUAACAUUGGAAUCGGAGCAAUCUCUGCCCACGAUGCCCUUAACUGGGGAUGCACUGGACCCGUUCUGAGGGCCUGCGGCAUAAAGUGGGAUUUGCGAAAGCAGCAGCCUUACGAUGCCUACGGAGAACUGGACUUUGAUGUGAUUGUGGGCUCCAAUGGGGAUUGCUACGAUCGGUAUCUGGUGCGGAUUCGCGAGAUGCGCGAGUCCAUCAACAUCAUCGAACAGUGCAUCCAAUCCAUGCCGCCGGGCGAGAUCAAGGUGGACGACAUGAAGAUAAGUCCACCGCAGAGGCGCAGCAUGAAGAUGGGCAUGGAGGAGCUGAUCCAUCACUUUAAGCACUUCUCGCAGGGCAUCCAUGUGCCGCCGGGACAGACGUACACCGCUGUGGAGUCACCCAAGGGUGAAUUUGGUGUGUAUCUCAUCUCUGAUGGCUCAACGCGUCCAUAUCGUUGCAAGAUCCGUCCAGCUUCCUAUGCGCAUUUGGCUCUCAUGUCCAAGAUCGCACCCACACACAUGCUAGCAGAUGUGGUGGCCAUCAUUGGGUCCCUGGACAUAGUCUUUGGUGAAAUCGAUCGUUGAUUUGUAAUAAUUUUCAGAAUUUCUAGACAUUUCAAUGGGUUUAGCAUUAAAGGCAUGAGCUUGAGCCAC